UCAGAUGGAUGAAUGUUUUUUAAAAAAAUACAUAGAGAGUUAAAUGUUUAUGGAGCUGUAAUCCUUUGAACAAUGUUACCAUGGAAACCAUAAGAGCAUCUGUCAAAUGUAAAUAUUAUGACAAAGACAAUCUGAAGAGGCGGCUCAAAGAAAUUGACUGAAAUGGAGAAACUUUGCCAGGAAGAGAAGGCAUCACUGGAAGAGAACCAAACCUGCACAAACCCAGGAGAACAUGAUGAUGAAGCCUCAGUUGGUCCCAGUGAUGGACAGCAGGUUCAGCCCAGCCAGAGGCUGCAGAAACAACACCGUUGUGACACGUGUCUGAAACAUUUCAGAUGGAAGACGAAUCUGAAAAUUCAUCAACGCAUUCACACUGGAGAGAAGCCCUAUCUCUGUGACCAGUGUGGAAAGGCUUUCAUUGAGAAGGGUGAUUUUAACAGACAUCAGCGAAUCCACACUGGUGAAAAGCCUUAUAGAUGUGAUCACUGUGAGAAGAGAUUCAAAUGUUCCUCUGGGCUGAAGCAACAUCAGCGAAUCCACACUGGUGAAAAGCCUUAUAGAUGUGAUCAGUGUGAGAAGAGAUUCAAAGAUUCCUCAAAUCUGAAGCGUCAUCAGCGAAUCCACAUUGGUGAAAAGCCUUUUAGAUGUGAUCAGUGUGAGAAGAGAUUCAAUCAAUCCUCAAGUCUGAGGCUUCAUCAGCGAAUCCACACUGGUGAAAAGCGCUAUCUCUGUGACCAGUGUGGAAAGGCUUUCAUUCAGAAGGGUUCUUUUAACAACCAUCAGCGAAUCCACACUGGUGAAAAGCCUUAUAGAUGUGAUCAGUGUCAGAAGACAUUCAAAGAUUCCUCUGGGCUGAAGCAACAUCAGCGAAACCACACUGGUGAAAAGCCUUUUAGAUGUGAUCAGUGUGAGAAGAGAUUCAAUCAAUCCUCAAAUCUGAAGCGUCAUCAGCGAAACCACACUGGUGAAAAGUCCUGAUCCACAUAAGACAGCAGCAACAUCUGGAAUGUGAGGGAAUUUCUUUGUCUCUUCCUUUCUUCUAUCGCUAUGGCGACAACAGUCGAUGCUGUCAGUAACAUUUAUAUCAAUAAUAAUAACAAGCAUGCAAACAAA